GUAUCUAUGUGUCUGUAAGAGAAUGCAAGAGUACCAGGCAGCCAGCAGGGGAAGGAGAAUCUUGUUUAGUUUCGAGACAGCUCUGAUCCGAGACUCAACACUGCUAUGUCGGACACUCGAAUGUGUUUAAGCGUCUGAGAAUGAAUGAAUCGGGGAACAGCACUAUCAACGAGGAGCACCUGAUCAAAAUCAGGGUCUUUGCUUCUGUCACCUCCUUUGUUCUGCUGGCUUUCUUCAAUCUCGUAAUUGAUUACACCAUUCUGAGUGAGGACCGUCUGCGAUCUCAAGCUAGAUUUGUUUUGCUGUUCCAUCUUUUGGUAUCCGGUCUGAUCUACUUUGGUCUGAGCAGCACUUUCUAUCUCCUCAUUUACCUGGAGGUGGCCAUGUCAGCCUCGUGUUGCCUGAUCCUCCUGAUGUUCCUGAUGAUGAGCGGUUCCACCAUCCUCCUGACCCUGACCGUGAUGGCAGUUGAUCGAUACUUCGCCAUCUGUCACCCGCUCAAGUACAGCUCCUUCUGCACCCAGUGUAAAAUCUGGAUUCUUAGCAGCAUGACCUGGGUGGUCUCAGCUGUCAUCCCUCUCAUCCUGGUCUCCCAGAAUAUGAGGAAGGAACCCAGCCAAAUGUUCACGAGCUGCUCAAUCUCCAACUUUCGUUCCAGCUACAGCAUGAAACACACUUCUAAAAUCCUGCUGAUCUGUAUCUGUACAGUCCUUAUUCUCUUCAGCUAUUACAAAAUUCUGAUGGAAGGUAAGCGUAUUGGUGUGCUGAACCGGCGCAAUAAGAGGGCACGGAGCACCAUCUUAAUGCAUGGGGUACAGCUGGCGGUCUACAUAAUCCCAACAUUCAUCAACUUCAUUUUGCAACAAGUGGCUCAUGCCAGAAAGCUUGAUGAGAGCACCAAGACUCUUUUUGAGGUACUGAACUUUGCCUUCUUCAGCCUGGCACAGUGCAUCAGCCCUGUUAUCUACGGCCUGCGCAAAGAGGAGUUGUGGGAACUCACUUCGCACAAGUUCCCAUGCUUCCUUUGGGACUUCAAGGGGACUCUGGAGUUGGUGCGGACGACUCUGCUCCUGCCCACAAAAUCGAGCUCUCCAGCUUCAGUCCAGACUUGUCCUGAGGUACUGACUCUGGUGAGUGAGGAGACCACAGGAAAAUGCAUCGAGUAGUGCUACCAAACCCAAUUCUAGAUAUCUCUUGAGCUUUCACGGGAUUUUGCCAUCCCUAACCGAUCUUGUGUGUGGUCAACAAACAGAUUUCUCAGUCUUUGGGAAAAGGGCACUAAAAUCUCUCUGACUUUUAUUGUUGAAUAUUUUUGUGCAUUAUGACUAAACACGAUGACCGAGUGUUGAUGACUAAUAGUUUUUCUUUGUGUCUCCUGUAAAAUACCCCCUCCCCCAUCCUCAGUCUCCCAUUGUUUCUUCGAUUCUCAAUUUAAACACUUAAAAAAUAGUUGGAAAUCCAGUUCAGGAGGGAGAUUAGGAACAAAACACUUCAACCUAAACUUUUUCACAGAACUGGCACAGGCAUGGAAGAUGGACCCAAUGGUCUCCUUCUGCACUCUUCCAAAAACAAACCUGGAGGGACUAAAACAAGGAUUUAAAAAUCUGAAGAGAAAGCUUGACUUUUUUUUACACAAAGGACUUUGGAUUGGGAGACAGCAGUAAAUCAGAAAAACUACAUGCAGUUAUAAAGAAAACUAUGAAGAAAGACCGUUAAUUGGUACCCAGCUAUGAAGAGGAAUGUGGCGAGUUAAUGCAUGUUAUGAUGUUAAUGCUUCGGUUAUUUUUGGCGUAAAGCUCAAAAUAAACAGUAUGCUGCACCCUGCCUAAAUACAAAUAGCAUCAGUGCAAAAUGUGAAAACUAAAGAGCUUUUGGGAAUACUGGAUUCCAAAGGUGAAUUGUGCAGUGAACAAAAGGAGCUGCUAUCUGUACAGAAUGGCUGAUGAGGAACCAGAGAUUAUGCUCAAACUGAGCUCCGGAGAGUGAAAUUUUCAGCAACUUUCUGAUUGUGAGCUUGAGUUCAAGUGCUGCCACUUAAUCACAGUUCAAGGAGCCCAGAUGGUGGUGAUUGUGGUGAAAUGGUGGAACUGUUGUCCAAAUGUACAGUCCACUGAACAGACAGUAGAGUGGGAAUGGGACUGUGGCUACAUUUGGGGACAAUUGAAAUGGCUGCUGGCAAAGGACAACCCAAACGCUGAUUAAAACAAAAAAAUGCCGCGGAACUGGCAGCAUCUAUGGAAAGAGAGAAAAGGAGUAAAUGGUUCAGGUUAAAAUAUAUUGUUGCCCUGCACUAUCUCACUGCCAGAAUUUUCUGUUUUCCUGGGUUGUAUCCUAUGGCCAAAAGAUUAGGAGAAUAUUACUGUUCCUUUUUGUUUGGAGGCAGUAAUACUGUAAAUACUUUUCUGUAUUUUUAGGCUUAAAACUGCCAAAUAGGAAAUCAAGCAACAAAACGUGACAGGAAAGCUUUUCUAUGUGGCCUACAACUAAAUUAACAUUGAAAUAGCUAUAUGUCUUUUUUAAAAAAUUGCCAGUCCCAAUACUGCUAUGAUUUGAUUUCCUGUAAUAUAAGGUUUG